GCCGCGGCUUCCUUCUCCUUCUCCGCCAUGGCGCUCAGCGAUGCCGACGUCCAGAAGCAGAUCAAGCACAUGAUGGCUUUCAUUGAGCAGGAAGCCAAUGAAAAGGCGGAAGAAAUAGAUGCAAAGGCUGAAGAAGAAUUCAACAUUGAGAAAGGUCGCCUUGUUCAGACACAGAGGCUGAAGAUCAUGGAGUACUAUGAAAAGAAAGAGAAACAAAUUGAACAGCAGAAGAAAAUUCAGAUGUCCAACCUGAUGAACCAGGCACGGCUGAAGGUUCUCAAAGCAAGAGAUGACUUGAUUGCUGAUUUGCUGAGUGACGCUAAGCAGAGACUGUCUAAGGUCGUGAAGGAUUCUGCCAGGUACCAAACGCUGUUGGAUGGGCUGGUUCUACAGGGAUUUUAUCAGUUACUUGAGCCGAAAAUGAUUGUCCGUUGCCGGAAGCAGGACUUUCCCUUAGUUAAGAAUGCUGUCCAGAAGAACAUCCCGAUCUACAAAGCUGCUACCAAAAAAGACAUCAAUGUUCUCAUUGACCAGGACACGUUUCUGUCAGAGGACAUAGCUGGAGGUGUUGAAAUCUAUAACAAUGACAAUAAAAUCAAAGUUUCCAACACUCUGGAAAGCCGGCUGGACCUCAUCGCCCAGCAGAUGAUGCCAGAGGUGCGAACGGCACUCUUUGGUGCCAACACCAACCGGAAAUUCCUGGACUAA